AUGAGUUUUGACGUCUAUUUCUCAAAAGUUUCCGACAACAUGCCCAGUAGAACUACUAAGAACUCGACCAAAACCACCACCCCUGUAGAUGUGCAGGAUGAGCUAACUAACGUUAUUGAAGCUAACACCAUUGCGGAUCCAGGCACAAUGGACCUGGUGAUCCUAAAGAUGACUGAUAACAUUACUAAAGUGAUCAAUAUCAAGAUAGGAAUGGUCUUAGAAGCAAUAGCAGGCCAUUCAGCCAAACUACAGAAGGUUGUCAAGCGUGUUGAUUAGGCGGAAGGAAGAAUUGCUGCUGUGGAAACUUAAAGGCACUUGAGAAACAAAAUGCGCAAAAUGGCGGAGCAUAUUGAUGACUUGGAUAAUCGUGGACGCAGAUGCAAUAUCCUUGUGGUGGGUCUCCCGGAAAAUACUGAAGGGACACGUUCAGUUAAAUUCUUUGAGGAAUGGAUUCCUGGAUACCUACAAAUGGAUACUAAGACUGGACGUGUGAAUCUGGAUAGAGCCCAUCGCUCUCAAACAUCGAUACCCGGUCACAACCAACGCACACGACCAGUGGUUAUAAACAAGCAGUGCAUCAUGGACGCGGCCAGACGCAUCAGAUCUGACGGUAUUCAACGCCAAGGUCCAAGGGCCUCAUUCUUCAACGACUACUCCACGGCGGUUGUACGAAGACGCAAGGUGUUUGAUGAGGUGAAGACUCGACUCAAGAGAAUAAAGAUGGACUACGCACUGCUGUACUCGGCUACAUUGAACAUUAUGGUCAACGGAACGCCUAAGAAGCUUUACACACCUGAAGAGGCUGCUGCGUUUAUUGACUCUCUUGGGUAA